AUGGCGCGCUGCGAGCCGGCGCGCUGCUCCGCGCCGCCGCUUCACUGCGAGGGCGGCCGCGUCCGCGACGCGUGCGGCUGCUGCGAGGUGUGCGGCGCGCCCGAGGGCGCCGAGUGCGGCCUGCUGGAGGGCCCGUGCGGCGAGGGGCUGCAGUGCGUCGUGCCGUUCGGGGUGCCCGCCUCGGCCACGGUGCGGCCCGGCCUCUGCGUGUGCGCCGGCAGCGAGCCGGUGUGCGGCAGCGACGCCAACACCUACGCCAACGUGUGCCAGCUGCGCGCCGCCAGCCGCCGCUCGGAGAGGCAGCACCAGCCGCCCGUCAUCGUCCUGCAGCGCGGCGCCUGCGGCCAAGGGCAGGAAGACCCCAACAGUUUGCGCCAUAAAUACAACUUCAUUGCCGACGUGGUGGAGAAAAUCGCCCCGGCCGUGGUCCACAUCGAAUUGUUUCGCAAGCUUCCUUUUUCUAAGAGGGAGGUGCCGGUGGCCAGUGGAUCUGGGUUUAUCGUGUCCGAAGAUGGAUUGAUUGUGACCAAUGCCCACGUGGUGACCAACAAGCACCGGGUCAAAGUUGAGCUGAAGAAUGGCGCCACCUACGAAGCCAAAAUCAAGGACGUGGAUGAGAAGGCGGACAUCGCACUUAUCAAAAUUGACCACGAGGGGAAGCUGCCUGUGCUGCUGCUUGGCCGCUCCUCAGAGCUGCGGCCAGGAGAGUUCGUGGUCGCCAUUGGAAGCCCGUUUUCCCUUCAAAACACUGUCACCACCGGGAUCGUCAGCACUACCCAGCGUGGCGGCAAAGAACUGGGGCUCCGGAACUCGGACAUGGACUACAUCCAGACAGACGCCAUCAUCAACUAUGGAAACUCUGGAGGCCCAUUAGUCAACCUGGAUGGCGAAGUGAUUGGAAUUAACACUCUGAAAGUGACAGCUGGCAUCUCCUUUGCCAUCCCGUCUGAUAAGAUUAAAAAGUUCCUAACAGAGUCCCAUGACCGACAGGCCAAAGGCAAAGCCAUCACCAAGAAGAAGUAUAUUGGCAUCCGAAUGAUGUCACUCACAUCCAGCAAAGCCAAGGAGCUGAAGGACCGCCACCGAGACUUCCCGGAUGUGCUUUCAGGAGCGUAUAUCAUUGAAGUGAUUCCUGAUACCCCAGCGGAAGCUGGCGGGCUCAAGGAAAAUGAUGUCAUAAUCAGCAUCAAUGGACAGUCGGUGGUCUCUGCCAACGACGUCAGCGACGUCAUCAAAAAGGAGAGCACCCUGAACAUGGUUGUCCGCAGGGGCAAUGAAGACAUUAUGAUCACGGUGAUUCCUGAAGAAAUCGACCCCUAGGCAGAGGCAGGAGCUGGACUUCAUGUUUCCCUCAAGGACUCUCCGGUGGAUGAGGCGCGAUGACUCGGCUGGUGGCACGGGACAGCCAAGACUUUGGACCGCCAUGUUGCUUGUUCAGCAGAAACACCCCGGCCAGCAGACUCCUCCUUGAUUACUUGCAGGCAAAACAAAUGUAACGUUGUAGCUGCUCAGGCAGAGACUCGCCCUUCUGUAUCGUAUGUAUGCAGUGUGCUUUUCCUUGCCAGCUUGGACUGUUCCUGCUUACACAGUCAACAUUUGUCUCCUUUAACUGAGUCAUCAUCCUAGCCCAACCAAGGCAGUUGAUAUAACACAUAGAUAAGAGGAAGGUCCCAUGGGAGCCAGACGGCACUGGGCGUGUGCACACUUUCCUCUGAGUCAGCACCCAGAGGGUGCCGAGACCACGGGAGGGUGAACGCUGGCUUCUAGUACAGCCAGAGUUGCCUCUUUUGGGAAUCUCUUCAGAACUGGGAGCGCAAUGACUUUGAGUUUGAGCUAUUAAAAUACUUCUUCCUAC